CCCUCCAAAGCAUCYCUUGUUGCAAGGGGACUUGCUGCUAAGCCACUCAAAGGGAAAAGAGUUGYUAGAGGCAAGAAGGUUCCUGAUAACAAGCCAGGUUAUUCCCUAUACUCUACUGAUUCAGAGGAUCAGGCUUCUAGUGUUGGACGAGGUCUUGACAGAUGUGCAGCGCUACUUACAAACAUCCUAGACAGCAAUACUAAAGGUAAUAAAAGAAAAAAUAAUACUGAAAAUAAGSCAAUUACAAGAGAGAAGUUAAAAUCUACUACCUCUGCAAAAACAUUACAAUCAAAAAUAAAUGCAACUGGCAGCGUUGCUAAACCUAUAGUAAUCCCAACUGCRUCACAUAAGGAUCAAGGCCCAUCAACUUUGUAUAAUGAACGUUUAGUCGCUUCAACUCCAUUGCUAAACUCUGAGGAAAGAAAGAAGCAACAAAAUCUUUUAGAAAGAGAGCAAGAAUUAACACGUCAGCUGCAACAACUUCAACAACACUACGAACUGCUACAGAGACAAAAAAGCCCGGAAAUUCAGGAACAGCAAAAGCGUACUUUACAAGACUCCAUGUUGCAUGAGUUAGAUGGGUAUCACCAAAAUGAAGAUAAUAUGAUUGCGAGACAAAGGUCACCUUCUAGGGAUACCCCAACAGCAAGGAGAAGUCUAGAUUACAAUCAUGAAAAAAACAGUUCAAGUGAAGAUAGCCCAGAACACAACACCAGUUUCUCCUCAACCCUGAAGUCUACAUCAAGACAAGAUACUGGARUUAAGAAACAUGUUAGAGUUGUGUCACCUGAUGUGAGCGAGCGAUACCACCCCAGGACAGACAGUCGUGCAUCUCCAACAAGAAAUAAACCUGUUACAAACAAGAAUAAAGAUAGUUUUUCACCCACUGCAGCAAGACAUGAAGUCAGUACUUUACAGUACCUUAUGAGAGAAUUGAGAGAAGUUUUAGGGAACCAGAGUGACUUGGAGGUCAAUCGUUUGAUGAUGGAGAUAGAUCAUACCUGUAGUUUACUUCCAUACUUGAUUCCAUCAAAUCCACAAAACCURAAAGAAGACGAGGAUAUGAACAGCAAACGACUUAGAGUAGAAAAUUCAUUCUUAAAAAGGAAAUUGCAAAGUGCUGAAGAAACAGCUCAGCACCAAGAACAGGCCAUUCAGAACUUUCAACAGCUACAGAGUGGCCAAGCAAGUGUAACAUUUGAACUAGCAAGCUGCAGGUCAGAAAAUGCUUCGCUUCAAAAACAACUGAGAGAAGAGAAACAAGAAAAUGAAAAACUCCACAAGGAGUUACGGAAACUCGAAAAAGUUAUCGAAAAUUUAAGAGAAGAGAAAAAGAAGUUCAUCCAUAUCCUUGAAAAUAAGGAACAAAGUCAUUCUAAAAACAGACGAUCAUCUCAACUGGAAACACUUAGACUAUCAAAUGAAAUACAACAGCUCAAAGCCGAAGUGCAAGCAGGAAAGCUUUCAAUAGAAGCAGCCAGGAAAGAAGCGGUCAUUGUCAAUCUAAGCUUAAAGCAAAAAGACGCAGAGAUUGAGAGRCUAAAUGAACUUACCAAAGCUCUUAAUCAWACCAUGAGACGAGCGCUUGGUGACAUCCAGGAAUAUACACCGAACGGAAUAAAUGGUGCCAUAACGGCGUCCACAAAAGAUCUUGACACCGYGAAUCACCUCAGUGAUGUUCCGCGGUUAAAAGAACCUUGGUUUGGUGCUAAGCAACGAAGUAACAGUGUUAUKAGUGAUACCGAURUAAAAGGACUGGAUGCGCUUCAAGAUUUUCGACUUUCUUCAUUAUUUGAAGCAAGUGUUAAUAAGUCAYCRAUGAUUGAACGUCGCAAUUCAUUUGGUUCAGUUCAGAAAGAYAUUCGUCGACRACGUACMUCACCUUACAUCAACGGAASUGACGUCAAAUCACCUAAUAUGUCUAUGGAAGAUCCCGUAUAUUUYAGUCCCAAGGCGUCUUUGGGCGAGGGAGUCUGGAGAGAGGACAGAUUUACAAGUCCCAAAUCUAAUGAUAAAAACUUGGAAUUGUCGUCGUUUUCCUCUGGAGACGAGGAAGAUUUUCAACGCGAUUUAGCUAGUUUAGAUGCUGAUAUUGCUAGGAUUCAGAGAAGUYUACGAGAAACUGCACAAAGAAGUGAUUUAUAAAUUAUUGUAGAUUGUAGAAGAAGUUGAUGUCAUUGGACGAGAAAUACUCUAUUUUAUCGCGCCACUUUGCUGUACGGCGUUGUCCUCGUAGGCUCAGUUCUCAAACACACUCAAUACAACUUGAACUAAGCCUUGAAUCAUCUARUGACACUUAGCAAAUAAACCAUAUUUUUUAAUACAACAAAGUUCUGCUUGGACCAACUAUGCAUAAUAGACGAAACAUUGCUAUAUUUUUCUACUCAUUUCAUAUCUGUGAUCUCAUCGGUGAGUACUAAGCGUGCGCAAAUGAUAGUGAUGGACAGAGUUGUUCAAAGGCUGAUUAGCGUUAAUCCAGGGUUAACUUUAGAGGUAUUUUAACUAGAGGUAAUCGACCUUUGAACAGCGGUACCCGACAAAAUCCAAAAUGACGCAAUUAUUCAAAAACAAAGAAAARUGGAUUCUAUAGGAGGAAGGUGACGUUACUAACACAAGACUAAACUAAAGUGUUUUCAAGGAUGAUUGGCUUUGUUUUGCUGCUGUCGUCUAUYACUUUGUUUGAUGACAUCGAUACGAUUAAAGCAUUCCCUACUAAAAGUAAGAGCUUGAUCAGCAGUCUUGAYAGAGACAGAGAUAAAAAAGGCUUGGGAAAGCGAAGUGGAAUGUAUGAAAAAAUAGAAAUGGUGUCCCAGCCUUCCACCGUACCCACAWUGCCCAUCUCUACAGAACAGUUAGAAAAUUUAAUUCAAAGAUAUAUCGAGUCAUUAAAGAAUACAAAUUCAAAUGAUAAGGACAACAGCAACAAUACUUCAAAUGCAGACCAAGGACAAAACUCUAAGCUAAAUCUUACUCGUCCCGAACCGUUUUCAAAACCUACUCCCAUUCCACCAAUAGSAGACGAGUUACUGACGUCAACACCAAGUCAAUCAAUCCAGCCAAUCGAAAGCUCUAUAGAAAAGCAGCAGUCAUUUGGACCAAUCAAAGRGCAGCUUAUUGAUACAGAGAAUAUAUCUGGAAUUGAAGAUAUCCCCAAAAUCUCUGGGAUUGAUUCAAUGGAUGAUAUCUUUAAAAAUGACUCCAUACACAAAGAACUAAAGAGAUACGUAAUUUUAGCAAAAAAUAUGCGCAGAAGUGCUGGGAUCUCAGGAAAUUACAAACACAUAUCGAUAGAAAAGAAAUUCAAGUCGAGUGUAAAAAGAGSCGAACGAACAAAUGGGAAUCUUUUCAUGUCGAAAAAUGCAAACAUCCUUCGGACAAAGAACAGAGGAUAUGUUUUAAACAAUAUAGCGAAACGAGUGCCUUUGCUUGCUUUACAAGAAUCACAGAGUUUACAAGUGAAACAGCUUAUGGGAAAGAAAACCAUGGUUGUUUCUCAACCUACAACCUUCUCCACUCCCAUGAGUUUAAAGAAACGAUUUUGGAAACCAAACGCACAUAUUAAACAGAAUGAAUUUUUCAUGAUAUCACCCCGGAAACCAGGUAGAAUAUCUGAGAUUAAUGUGCGGAAAAUAAUGCUGAGGGCUAAAAAAGUUUCUAUCCCUCCGCCACCACCAUUAGAYAUGAAAGCUCUCGAACCGUUCAAGAAAGCACCAGAAAUUGAAACUAUCAGUAAAACUUCUAUCAAAAUAGAAAAUGCUCCACCAGUUGAUGGGAUCGACAAACAUUUGAUAAGUAUUGACAAUCAACAAGAAAUUCCACCGAUCACUGAUCACGUGAUCGACCACGUGGAUAUUAAACCAAUACCAAAGAUUCAAGAUAUGCCAUUGAACCCUUGAAAUAGAUAGGCCUUUAUGUUGAUCACUUUUUUGUUGCAUAGCUUUAUUAAAAAUACACUCAUAUUGAUUAUUGCAUGCUAGCAUUACCAUACACUGGAAAAAUCGCGCACUUAAAAGGUUGUACAAAUUCACAACGUUUGAAAGUAGACUAUUGCAAAUCCUUCGUUCUGAUUGGCUAUGCUACUCGGGGUCUACUUUCAAUAGUCCUCGGUUAAAGAAAAACGCCAAUAUUGAUUUUCUUUUAGAAAUAUUGUUGUCCAAAUUCGAUGUCAUAUAAGGACCAUUUUAAGACUUUUAAGUUUUAUAAUUUCACUCAAACCAGCAGCUUUCACUAGCGUGUAGUAAAUUAAUUUUCACUUUCAAACAUGCCAAGCGUGUCAAACGGGAAAAUUUAUGCGCGAAGUUUUAGCAAUAAAACAAUUUCUCCAAUGA